CCCAUGUCACAUGACCGGGGUCUGAAGCCAAACCCUGGCGAUAUAUCCCAGCAGGGUUUGGAGCUCCUCCCUCUUUCCCUGAACCAAAAUGUCUAAGAGAGGACGCGGUGGUUCAUCCGGCGCGAAGUUCCGCAUCUCGCUGGGCCUCCCGGUGGGCGCCGUCAUCAACUGCGCCGACAACACAGGUGCCAAGAACCUGUACAUCAUCUCUGUGAAGGGCAUCAAGGGGCGCCUGAACCGGCUGCCCGCUGCCGGUGUGGGCGACAUGGUCAUGGCCACGGUGAAGAAGGGCAAGCCGGAGCUCAGGAAAAAGGUGCAUCCUGCGGUGGUGAUACGGCAGCGGAAGUCCUACCGGAGGAAAGACGGGGUGUUCCUGUACUUCGAGGACAACGCGGGGGUCAUCGUCAACAACAAAGGAGAGAUGAAAGGCUCUGCCAUCACUGGCCCAGUGGCAAAGGAGUGUGCGGACCUGUGGCCCAGAAUCGCCUCCAACGCCGGCAGCAUCGCCUGACACCCCCGUCUGCCCCUGUUUGUACAAACUCAAUAAAAAAAGUGGUUUUGCCCAAAGA